AUGCCGUUACGUCAACUAUCGCCUGACACCAACAUCAAUAAAGGAGGAGAAACCAAGAUUGAUAUCAUCGCGAUACCCGGCCUGAACCCCUGGGGCAAGAGUGACGCAGACCACGCCUGGGACACUUGGUGUGCGCCUUCCGGUCCUACAGGACGUCUUUGGCUUCGCGACGACCUUCCCAAGCAUGUCCCUGGCGCGAGAAUACUUCUCUAUCAGUAUAACUCCAGUCCUGUGUACGGCAGGGAUCGAAGCACAUUCAUCGACAAAGCCAAUGAGCUGCUUGAGGAUGUGCGGAUAGCGAGAGGGAAUGCUGAUACGACAAGACCAAUACUAUUCUUGGGUCACAGCACGGGCGGACUUCUCAUCAAGCUGGCAUUGAUCAAUGCGCAUAACAAUCCCAGAUACACACCGAUCAAAGACGCCACGAGUGGAUUGGCAUUCUUUGCGACGCCUCACCACGGUGGCGACUGGAAACUCCUCAAGAUUGCUUCGAAAGCGGGACUCCAGAAGAGCGACGACAUGAUGGAGACAACAAAGCAGGGAAGCAUUUUCUCAGAUAUUAUGCAGGAGUACUGGCGGCACCAGCUUUUGCUUUAUGACAUCAUCUCAUUUUGGGGUGCCUACGACGAUAUUGUCUCCAGGGAGAGUGCUCGGCUGGGUUUACCGGGCGAUCGAGAGAACAUCGUGAAGCUCGAUAGUGAUCACACCAAUGUUUGCAAGUUCGGCGAUGAUGUGAGAGAUCAGGACAACCUAAAACGUGUUAGGGGUAACAUCAAGGACUUGUACAAAAAAGCACUAAGGCAUAGUGAGUUGAACGCUAUCCCUUCGCCAGUUGGUCUAGAAACACAGCUAGAUCCUGCGUUAUACCCGCGUCUGGUGGCACUGCGAGGCAAUCGGGUUCCGGCUUGA